UUGGGUCGAUCUAUCCCUAAUUCACAGAAUUGACCAGCACAAGCACCAGCUUCUAAUUUCUCUUCCCUUUCCCUCUUCCCUGUCGCUGCUGCUGCGGCUACUGCUGCCUGCCUUUACUGCUUAAUUUCAUGAAUCAUUAGGUCAUACUUUUGAACGCUAGUAUCCCAACACAGAAAACCCUAGCUCUCUUCACGAUGCACUGCUCAAUAUCCGGCGAGGUGCCGGAAGAGCCCGUUGUCUCGGAGAAGUCUGGGCUUCUAUAUGAGAAGCGUUUAAUCGAGAGGCACAUAUCCGAUCAUGGAAAAUGCCCAAUUACUGGGGAACCGCUUACGAUGGAUGAUAUUGUUCUUGUCAAAACAGGAAAGAUUGUGAAGCCAAGAACAGUACAGACUGCUAGCAUCCCAGGGAUGCUUGGAAUGUUCCAGAAUGAAUGGGAUGGUCUGAUGCUUUCUAAUUUUGCUUUGGAGCAACAACUACAUACUGCAAGGCAAGAGCUAAGUCAUGCAUUAUACCAGCAUGAUGCUGCUUGUCGUGUGAUUGCAAGACUUAGAAAGGAAAGGGAUGAAGCAAGGUCAUUACUUGCACAAGCUGAGAGGCAGAUGCCUGUUUUAGCAACAGCACCUGCUACAGCCAAUGCCUCUGCUCUUAGCAAUGGGAAAAGAGGUGCCGAGGAUGACGAUUUGGGUCCACCUGGAAAGAGAAUACGUUCUGGAAUUUCUGCCGCCAUCAUUACCGAGUUAACAGACUGUAAUGCAGCCCUUUCACAACAUCGGAAAAAGCGGCAGAUUCCUUCAACAUUGGCUCCUGUCGAUGCUGUAGAGAGGUACACACAGCUUUCCAGUCAUCCCCUUCACAAAACCAGCAAGCCAGGCAUUGUAUCUAUUGAUAUCCAUUACUCCAAGGACAUCAUUGCUACUGGAGGGGUUGAUUCUACUGCAGUAAUUUUUAAUCGCACAUCAGGACAAAUCCUAUCGACAAUAAGUGGUCAUUCGAAGAAGGUUACUAGUGUGAAAUUUGUCGCAGAGGGUGGUUUUUUUUUAACUGGAUCUGCAGACAAGACUGUUCGUAUAUGGCAAGGAUCUGAAGAUGGAAACUAUGACUGCAGACAUAUCUUGAAGGAUCAUACUGCUGAGGUCCAUGCUGUCACUGUCCAUGCCACAAACAACUAUUUUGUGACUGCUUCUCUUGAUAAUACGUGGUGCUUUUAUGAUCUUGCCUCUGGCUUAUGCUUGUCACAGGUCUCUGAUACUUCAAAAUCUGACAAUUCUAAACCCGAGGGCUAUACAUCUGCGGCUUUUCAUCCUGAUGGUCUCAUCCUUGGAACGGGCACCUCAGAAGCUGUUGUUAAAAUUUGGGAUGUAAAAAGCCAGGCUAAUGUUGCAAGAUUUGAUGGACAUGUUGGAGCAGUGACUGCUAUAUCUUUCUCCGAAAAUGGAUACUUUCUAGCAACUGCUGCACAUGAUAGUGUUAAACUAUGGGAUUUGCGCAAAUUGAAGAACUUUCGGACACUCAAUCUUUAUGAGUCAGAUACACCAACAAACUCUGUGGAAUUUGACCACAGUGGCUGUUACCUUGGAGUUGCAGGCUCGGAUAUAAGAGUUUUCCAAGUUGCUAGUGUGAAAGCAGAAUGGAACUGUAUCAAAACUCUCCCUGAUUUGUCUGGCACAGGAAGAGCAACGUGUGUAAAAUUUGGUCCUGAUGCAAAAUAUGUAGCAGUUGGAUCAAUGGAUCGAAACCUCCGUAUAUUUGGACUGCCUGGGAAUGAAGUUCAGCCGGAGUAGAGAAAUAUCUUCAUUGCUUGAUAUUGUAAGUGGGUUGUGGAUGUCCGUUGCAGCUGCUUUUACUGCAUCUGUUGGGCUGUGUACUCUUAUGGCUGAUGAAGCAAAUGGGGGUAGAACUUGAUUUCUCAUCAGUUGCACAGAGUUGGCUCUUUGCUCAACUUUUCUACUAAUGGGGCCAUAUGCCUAGAUGCAGGGUCAACUGAGAUUGAAGAGGUAAAUUGAAUAGCUAGUUGGUAAUUUUGCAUGGAAUUUUCAGAACAUACAGAGCUCGCGUUUAAUCUACGCUAUGAAAUUCUGCUUGCUGGGAGAACGCUAUGCUUGUUCCUUCAAUUCAUAUCCUUCUAGAUUUGUAACGUGUAUUUUUAGGUAAAUGUUAUCCUACUAAUUUAUUGGGGAAUACACUAGCUUAGGCAUUACCAUCACCUUAUUUAUUGGUACGAGUUCAAAAUUUUCUCAAAGUAAGGGGCAAUAGAUUUUAUGCCCUAAACGAGUGUUGGUGGAAUUCCUUGAGGCGUACAAUUUGAUUUAUGCUUGGAAACCUUUAUCCUA